AUGAGCGUCGAUCAGCGUGUCAGCAAGGUGAAGCAGUCCGGACUUUGUUUCAACUGCCUCCGGAAGGGUCACCAGAUCAGGGCUUGUCCAUCCGACAAGUCAUGCUUGAAGUGCUCCAGGAGGCAUCACUCGAUGCUGCAUUUUGAGCAGCAGUUCCAGCCUGAACCGAAGGAGCAAAAUUCCAGCGUGUUGUCCGAGCAGCCAGAGGUGGAGACGGCAGUAGCGUCUACUGCGCCUGAGGAGCCUGUUUCAACAGCGUGUUCCGGUAUCGAUCGGCGAGCAAAACAUGUGUUUCUGAUGACGGCGUUGGUGAACGUUGCCUCGAAGAGUGGAAAAAGCUUCAAGUUGCGUGCACUACUCGAUUCAGGAUCCCAAGUCAACCUUGUAUCCGAAGCGGCCGUGAAAUUGCUUGGACUUCCGAGAUACCCGGCCAACGUUCCGGUUGUAGGAGUGGGUGGUGCCAGAUCCCAAAUUCGGCAUCACGUAAUCCUGAAGCUGUCUUCCGACUACACCAAUUUCGAAAGUGACUUGGACUGUUUGGUUACCGCGAGGGUGACUGGUAGGAUCCCAUCCGUUCCGGUUAACAUCUCAGACUGGAAAUUCCCAGCCGAAAUAGUGCUUGCCGAUCCAAGUUUCAACCAACCGAGAGAUGUGGAUCUAUUGAUCGGUGCCGAGCACUUUUUCGAAAUCUUGAAGCAAGCUCAGAUGAAACUUUCCGCAGAACUACCUGCCUUGCAUGAGACCCAAUUUGGGUGGGUUGUCGCCGGUGCCAUGGAGGAUUCUGGAGAUGAAGUCGUUAACGUGUUGUGUGCCACUAAUGAGGAUCCAUUGCUGAAAAGCAUCCAAAGAUUUUUUGAACAAGAAGAGCUUCCAGAAGAGAAGGUGCAAACGAGUGAAGAGGAAGCGAUCGAAGAGCACUUCAGCAAGACAUACCGUCGAGAAGAGGAUGGCCGAUUCGUAGUUCAAUUACCGUUCCGCGAGUCCAUCAAUCAACUGGGAGACUCCCGUUCGUUAGCAAUGAAGAGAUUUCUAGCAAGCGAGAGACGUCUAGCCAACCAACCCGAGAUGAAGGGGAUGUACCAGGCGUUCAUAAGAGAGUACGAAGGUCUUGGACAUUGCCACGAGAUCCGUGAGGUAGACGAUCCGCCCAACCAACAGAAUUACUAUUUCCCACACCAUGCUGUGCUCAAGCCCUCGAGUACCAGCACAAAACUACGUGUUGUGUUCGACGGCAAGGCGAAGGCUAACGGAUUAUCCCUCAAUGAAGUUUUGAUGGUCGGACCCAAAAUCCAGAGUGACCUCUUUUCUAUCCUGCUGCGCUUCCGAAAGCACAUCUAUGCGUUUUCGGCUGACGUUGAGAAAAUGUAUAGACAGGUGAAAAUCGAUUCAAGCCAGACGCACUACCAGAGGAUCUUCUGGCGUGACAAUCCAAUGGAACCGGUGCGAGUGAUGGAGUUGUCAACGGUUACCUACGGGACUUCCCCUGCGUCAUUUCUAGCUGUGAGGUCCGUGGUUCAACUAGCAAGAGAUGAGCGCGUUCAGUUUCCUGAAGCUGCAGAGGCCAUAUUAGAAGACUGUUACAUGGACGAUAUACUGAGCGGUGCUUCAACGCUAGCAUCUGCAACACAACUGCGAAGCGACAUUGAAGAGGUUAUGCUGAAGGGAAAGUUUACUGUUCGAAAGUGGUGCUCAAAUGAUGAAGGCGUACUAGAAGGUGUUCCAGAACAAGACCGGGAGAAGCUUGUCUGCAUAGAAGAUACCGAUGCCAACGAAACGAUUCGAGCCUUGGGAGUUUUGUGGAAUCCGAGAAGUGAUCAAUUUCUCUUCUGGAGGAAUCCGGAAGUGUUACCCGAUGAGAAGGUGACAAAAAGGAGUGUCCUGUCCCAGAUAGCCAAAUUAUUCGAUCCGCUUGGUCUGAUAUCUCCUGUGAUCGUGUUGGCUAAAUCAAUCAUGCAACAACUGUGGGCCGAUGGUUUGGAUUGGGACGAAACCCUUGAAAACGAAUUGUUGAGUAGGUGGGUGAUCUUCCAUCAGUCACUGGUGCAGCUAAGUGAAAUACAGGUACCAAGAUGUAUCGUAACUCCUGGAGUGCGUCGUAUAGAGAUACAUGGCUUCUCUGAUGCAUCGUGUAUCGCCUACGGUGCAUGUCUGUAUUUGCGUUGUGUCCAAGAGAAUGGAGAAGUGUCUGUCAGACUGAUUUGUAGUAAGUCUCGGAUCGCUCCGUUACGUCGUCUUACCAUUCCCCGACUAGAGUUAUGUGCCGCCGUGAUACUUGCACGAUUGGUUAACGUAGUACUCCCUAUCCUGAAAAUCGAAGUUCAUGACGUCAAGCUGUGGUCGGAUAGUCAGAUUGUGCUGGCAUGGAUAAAGAAGAGCCCAGACCAACUUCAAGUCUACGUUAAAAACCGAGUCAUGGAGAUCAACAAAUUGACCAGUGCCUAUGAGUGGAAAUACGUCAGAUCUGAAGCCAAUCCAGCGGAUCUGGUAUCUAGAGGAUGCUAUCCAGGAGCAUUGAGCCGCUCCGACAUGUGGUGGGUAGGCCCAUCGUUUCUGCAAGUUGCUGACUACGAAAUUCCGGAGGCUCCGAUGAUCAAGGACGAGGAGUUGCCAGAAAUGAGAGAAGUACAAGUGUGUAAUCUGGCUAACGAAGUAGAGGACGAGCCAGUGUUCGAGCGGUGUGGUACCUUUUCCAAGCUACAACGUGUGCUAGCGCAAGUUGUGAGAUUCACUCGACUGGUGCGUAUGAAAGGAGAGGAACGCAGAAACUGCCGUUUCGUAUCAAUACAGGAUAUGCGGAAGGCGACAAAGUAUAUAGUGAGAGUACUGCAGAAAGGCAAGCUAGGCGAAGAGAUUGAGUGCGUUCAACGAAUGGAAAUGCCGAAGCGACUUGCGAACCUCCAUCCAUUUUUGGAUGAAGAAGGAUUCUUGCGCGUCGGCGGACGUCUACAGAAUUCCAUGCUGCCAUUCGACGCCAAACACCAAUUGCUUCUUCCACGUAAUCAUCGAGUGACUGAGAUGUUGAUUCGUCAAUAUCACGAGGACAGACUUCAUGAGGGACCGUCUGGUCUGUUGGCAGCAAUAAGGCAGAAAUAUUGGUUGGUCAAUGCUCGAUCAGCCAUUCGAAAGGUGACACGCAGCUGUGUAAAGUGCUUCCGCACUAAACCAAGAGAGGUUCAACCUGAAAUGGGGAAUCUACCAGAGGAGCGAGUGAAUUUGGCAGCAGCUUUCGAACUCACCGGUGUAGAUUACGCCGGUCCCGUGACAGUGAAGGAAGGUCGAUAUAAGCCAAAACACAUUAAGGCAUACAUCGCCCUUUUUGUGUGCCUUACGACGAAAUCGAUUCAUCUAGAGUUAGUUUCGGAUUUGACCACCGAAGCUUUUCUCGCGGCUUUGGAUAGAUUUGUCAACCGACGUGGGAUGGUGCGCAAAAUGAUGUCGGACAACGCGACGAAUUUUGUUGGCGCAUCUAGAGAACUCCACCAGUUGCACAUGAUGUUCCGUAAUCAGACCGAGUCAGCAAAGAUUAAUGAUUUCCUGCUCAAACGGGAGAUAGAGUGGGAAUUCAUCCCGCCAAGGUCCCCAAACUUUGGGGGUCUAUGGGAAGCAGGUGUCAAGGUAGUUAAGUCCCACCUGCAUCGAACCUUGGGUAACGCGAUUCUGAACUUCGAAGAGUUUGGAACCGUUUUGACCAGCAUCGAAGCUAUAGUGAAUUCCCGACCAUUGUAUGCGCUGUCUGACGAUCCCAAUGAACCUCUUCCGAUUACACCUGCUCAUCUGAUGCUCGGAAGACCAUUGGAACCAGUGGUGAAGCCAUCGUACACCGUGAAUUCCGUUGAAUCGCUUGUCCCGCUUCCAGUACAUGAAUCAUUUGCGUGA